AUGGUUACCGGGCAGCCGCGUCCUGCCCCUGCAUUCCGCCGGGCCCGGAGGGCUGCGGCGGCCACCCCUGGGGACACGGCGCCUGCCUCCCGGGGCUCUGCCGCUCCCACCGCUCGGCCCAGCGGGUUUGCCUGGCCGGCGUUUGCCCUCCGCCGGAGCGGUGGCGUGGAGGAGGCUGCCGAGGACGUCUCCGUCGGCGGCUCUGCCUGCGGGGCCGGCUGCUGCCUGCGGGGCCGGCUGCUGCCUGCGGGCCUGCGGGGCCGGCUGCUGCCUGCGGGGCCGGCUGCUGCCUGCGGGGCUGCGGGGCCGGCUGCUGCCUGCGGGGCCGGCUGCUGCCUGCGGGCCUGCGGGGCCGGCUGCUGCCUGCGGGGCCGGCUGCUGCCUAUGUCCCCCAGGCAGGUGCUGGACCUGGCGGGCAGCGUUGCUGCAGGGGCUGGCACGGCCCCACGGCAGGAGGUGUCGCUGUGGCAGUGCCGCUGCCGGGGCGGGCAGCAGCCCCUGAGAGCUCAGCAGGGUAGUGCUGGACUGCAAGUGCAGCAUUCCUGCACUGGGGGCACGGUGGGGGCGCAGCGGGCACUGGGGGCGCAGCGGGCACUGGGGGCGGAGCAGGAUCGCGGCGGGCACUGGGAUCGCGGUGGGCACCGGGGGCGCGGCGGGCACCGGGGGCGCAGCGGGCACCGGGAUCGCAGCAGGCACCGGGAUCGCAGCAGGCACCGGGAUCGCAGCGGGCACCGGGAUCACAGCGGGCACCGGGAUCGCAGCGGGCACCGGGAUCGCAGCGGGCGCUGGGGGCGCAGCGGGAUCACAGCGGGCACCGGGAUCGCAGCAGGCACCGGGAUCGCAGCGGGCACCGGGAUCACAGUGGGCACCGGGAUCGCAGCGGGCGCCGGGGGCGCAGCGGGAUCACAGCGGGCACCGGGAUCGCAGCGGGCACUGGGGGUGCGGCGGGAUCGCAGCGGGCACCGGGAUCGCAGCGGGCACCGGGAUCGCAGCGGGCACCGGGGGCGCAGCGGGCACUGGGGGUGCAGCGGGAUCACAGCGGGCACCGGGGGCGCAGCGGGCACCGGGGGCGCAGCGGGCACUGGGGGCGCAGCGGGAUCACAGCGGGCACUGGGGGUGCAGCGGGCACUGGGAUCACAGCGGGCACUGGGGGUGCAGCGGGCACCGGGAUCGCAGCGGGCACUGGGGGUGCGGCGGGAUCGCAGCGGGCACCGGGAUCGCAGCGGGCACUGGGAUCGCAGCGGGCACUGGGGGCGCAGCGGGAUCGCAGCGGGCACCGGGAUCGCAGCGGGCACUGGGGGCGCAGCGGGAUCGCAGCGGGCACUGGGAUCGCAGCGGGCACUGGGGGCGCAGCGGGAUCACAGCGGGCACCGGGAUCGCAGCGGGCACUGGGGGCGCGGCGGGCACCGGGAUCGCGGCGGGCACCGGGGGUGCGGCGGGCACCGGGAUCGCAGCGGGCACCGGGAUCGCAGCGGGAUCGCAGCGGGCACUGGGGGUGCAGCGGGCACUGGGGGCGCAGCGGGAUCACAGCGGGCAGUGGGAUCGCAGCGGGCACUGGGGGUGCAGCGGGCACCGGGAUCGCAGCGGGAUCACAGCGGACACCGGGAUCGCAGCGGGCACUGGGGGCGCGGCGGGCACCGGGAUCGCAGCGGGCGCUGGGGGCGCGGCGGGCACCGGGAUCGCAGCGGGCGCUGGAGCACAGUGAGCCGAGGCAGGACUUUGUCCACCGCGGAGGGCAUCGGGAGCGCACCAGUGGGCACCCAGCCGCUGGGCAGCCGGCGUGGGCCGUGCCGGGAAUGA